GAAGGAAAUAUGUCAUAGAACCAAAACCAUUAGAACAGACAGUACAGACAGCAGUUCAGAGUCCAGAAUACAUAAAUUAAUAAUAUUUUUAUUACCAAUCUGUUGCUGUUCACUAUAAAGUUUAGUGUUAGAUUAUCCACAUUAUGGCGAUAGUAACACGUAUUGACUUAUGAAGUGGUAAUAGGAUUGUGUUGUAAUUUUUUUCGUGCCGUGAAUCGUUUUACUUGCGCUAGGCUCUAUAAACGUUUUUAUUAAUAAGAUAAUUUAGUAUAUUUUCAACAUUUUGCGACCACAGAAUACUGGAAGAUACAGAAGAAUGGAAACAAAGAAUAUUUCUCAAAAGUCAGCUCAGUAUGAUAACUAUUUAAUAUUGUUUCAACCGAGAGUUGGUUAAGUGUAACAGAAUUAUAUUUAGGAAUAACCUUAAGCCUAGUGCUGAUUGCUGAAGAAGAAAAUAGGCCUUAAUUGUCGUUGGAAUGACAAUGUAUCUACAUCGAUGGUGUGUUGCAAAAUACAUUCAGUUAAAAGUUGUGUACCAAAGAACUAAUGAAAAAUGUGUAUCUUUUAUUAUGAAUGACGUUAGAAUGUUAAGAGCUACUUUUGUGAUAGUAUUUAUCUUAGGAAUAACAUGCUCUAUUUUUAUGAGCUUAUUUUUUGAUUACUUCAGAACUCCUAAAGAUUCUGUACCAGGUACCAAGAUUCGAGUGUUUUCACCAUUUCCAUUUGAACACAAUAUGGGUAUACUCAGAGAAGGUGGAGAACUCACCAAAGAGAGUCUUGAGCUGUCAAUCAGAAAAGCAGAUGUUGAACUAUCAGCAUCAACAACAGAAGCAUUAAGUUCACUUCAAGUGGCAUUAGAAUUGAAAAAUCUUGGCAAGAAAGAGAAAGCCCUUAAGCUUCUUGAGCAUGCUCUAGCUCUCGCACCCAAACAUCCAGACAUACUGAACCACUAUGGAGAGCUUCUGGAAGAAAUAAAAAAAGACAUAAUCAAGGCUGAUCAAAUGUAUUUUCAGGCUUUAAUGCAAUGUCCUGACCACCGUGCAGCACGUGCCAAUCGCCAGAGAGUGAAACAUGCGGUAGAGGAGUUGGACACUGCAUCUCUCCACCGCAUUGAUCACAAACGUGACACUGUCGCUGCAAUCCCUGAUUCCAACCCGGCACUGCGGCGCGCCAAGAAGGAGGCCUACUUUCAGCACAUCUAUCACACUGUAGGGAUAGAAGGGAACACCAUGACGCUGUCCCAGACCAGAUCUGUGGUUGAGACCCGAAUGGCAGUAGGAGGCAAGAGUGUGGUGGAACACAAUGAGAUACUGGGGCUAGAUGCAGCUCUCAAGUACAUCAACUCUACACUCAUAAACAAGUUGGGUGGUAUAAGUGUUGAAGAUAUAUUGGAAAUUCAUCGGAGAGUGUUGGGUUUUGUUGAUCCAUUGGAAAGUGGAAUGUUUCGCCGAACACAGGUGUAUGUUGGGGGUCACAUACCGCCAAGGCCCCGCCACAUUCCCCCGCUGAUGGAACAGUUCGUAGAGUGGCUAAACUCGGAGACAGCACAGCGCCUCCACCCUGUACAGUACGCGGCACUAGCUCACUACAAGAUGGUGCACAUACAUCCCUUCAGUGAUGGCAACGGUCGUACUUCCCGGCUACUCAUGAACCUCAUACUGAUGCAGGCCGGCUUCCCACCUGUCAUCAUACUGAAACAGAACAGGCACAGGUACUACAGAAUGUUAGAACUUGCCAACGACGGCGAUGUGAGACCAUUCAUCCGGUUCAUUGCUGAGAGCACCGAGCAGACACUGGACCUGUUCCUCUGGGCAACGGAAGAGUACACUUCGGACUUCCCCGCUAUCGGAUCUUCUGCCAGGACCAUUAUUGUGGAGGAUUAAUUUUAGAGUUUUAUAGCUAAGAACUUGUUUCCAAUAUACCACCUGCUCCACCGCAUCAUGUUUUUGUCUCUUUUAAUCAGUUAUUAUAUUUUAUUUUUCUACAGUAGAUAGUUUACAUCAGAAAGAUAUUAAAAGCAUUUCUUUUACAUGUAGCUUAAAUGAGAUUUUUGUGUUUCAUAUUUAUUCAUAAUGCUAUGCAUCCAAAUGCAUCCUCAUUGAAAGUCAUUUAACCAAAUAUUUCAAGGCUGUUUUUAAUAAUAUUACUGAUUUAAGUAAAAUUUAUUACAUGGUCAUUUAGCACAUAAUGUUUUAGUAUAGUUUUAGCCAGUUGUAAUAGCUGAAAUUAAUUGUGAUGCAAAGCUUUACGCUUAAUUUUAUUGUUGUGAGGUGUUCCCACCUAAUUUAUCUUGUCUUUAUAAACUAUGUAAACUAAUUUUAAAUUAAAUUGUUAUUAAGUUUUAAUUAGGCAGUGAUUUUUAUAAGUAAACAAGCACAAAAUUGCAAUUUUAUAGAUUUUAAAGCUCCAAUUUUUGGGUUUUAAAUUUAAAAUAAGUUUAUAGUAGAGUCCCACUAUUCCGAAAAUCCACCAAUUCCAAAAAGAGUUAAGAAAAAAAUACUGAUUUAAAAAUUUGUUUUGUUAAUAAUGAAUUUUAAAAUGAUUAAAUCUCCGAUUUCUAACUUUAAAACUGUAGAAAUUAAAAAGACGUUCUUGAAAAAUCAUACAUUUAUUGUUAUACAGAAUAUACUGUAUAAGGAAGUUUAUUAAAAGCGUAUCUGUGCUUAGAGCCUAGGUUAGAGGAAAACACUAAACUAAUUUAUACACACUUAAGAAGUAGUCAUUGACUUUUUUCUGACGAAGGAUUAGCGGGACUACUGUAUAUUUGUCUGCAUUGAACCCAUUAAUUAUUCAUUCUUCUAAUGUCCAUUUCUAAAAUUAAAUGAGAAUUCCGACCAAUAAUUUGAUAUCUCAGUUUUUCACGUACAAAGUUUAUUAAGAUCUUAUUUUUUGUUGAGGUUUGGAGGCUUAUACAUCACAACUACAGGUCUUGAGCGUUCCUGUAUAUGUUGGUAACACCAUUAUUACAGCAGAGUCCUGCCAACUUUCUGAUGUUCAUCCUUUGAGAUAGCUAGACAUUCAUUUUCUUUUUUGUAUUACAAAAUCUCGCUGCUGAAAUUUAAAACAACCGAGACUUAACUCAUCAUCUCAAUUUAACUUGUAAAGCAUUUGGAAUGAUUGGUUAAAUUCUGUUGUAUAAACAUUCUGGAUGGUUGGGCUGUAUUCUUUGUGUACAGUUCUAUUGUGUAAUAGAUAAUGUCUGUGGCUCAAUCAUAUUCCCUGUGAUGACCCUUCCCUUCUUAUCGAAAUAGCACAUAAACAAUGCAUGCUAAGUAAAGUACAUGUGUAUAUUUGGGACUGUAUAGGCAAUACCUGUCUCUGCAAUGAUUUACCAAUGUGUUAAUCAUGUGUAGCUACACGUUGGUAAAUCGGGACAAAAAUCAGAAUUUGGCCAUUUUCAUAAAUAUGAGUACAUUUUAUACUCGGUUACUGAAAGUACCAGGCACAGGUAGAAGCCACAAGAAAUAAUAAAAGCUAAGCUCACUUUUGUAGGUACUACGUGACGGUAAAAUUGAAAUAUUUAUCGUUUUGAUCCAAAUUUAAUUAUUAUAUGCGCAGUGCCAUGUAUUUCGGAAAUUAAAAUAGUUAUAAAGUUUGAAUUUAAUAUUUGAUUGUUAUUAAUUUCAAAAUUCCAACAUAAAUGCCAUUUUAAGUUGAAAAAGACUAUUAGGCGAUUGUUUAUUUUGAAAAAAUAUGCUCUUGGGAGUGAACAGGUCCUGUUUGUCCCUCCCGUCAGUGCGUAGACAUGGUUAUCUCUCCAAUGAGCUUUCCUAGUUAUCUUUUCUUGAUUUUUUUUGUACCACAAAAAGACUGUGUCAUUGGUUUGCUAGAGUUCCAAUUUUAUUUUAAUUUAAUUUUAAUUUUAAAUUUAAUUAAAUUUUUUAGUUAUAUUUAAAAAUAAAACGUCUUGCUCACUUGCUUCAGUUGCCUUGAUUGUUGUUUUUAAACGUCAAUUCCAAAAAAUUUUAUCAGUAUUCCUUAUAAUGAACUCCACAUGAGCAAAGUGAUAUUAAUUCUAUUCAGUGCAUAUUCUAGUAUAUACAGCUUCCUUCUAAUUGUAAAUGGUGAAAGCCGAUUCUAACUUUCCUCUAGUCUGAACUUUCAGAUAACUUAAACUGAGAACGAGCUAAACCUUUUUGACGUGUUACUAAUUUUCAUUAGUUUCUUUUUACUAUAUUUGUCUCUCUUGGAGGAAAAUCAUCAAUAAUGUAAAUAAAGUUUAUGAAAAGUUUUGUUUCACACCUCAAUCCAAAUAUUCGCAUGAGUCAUCUUAAUUUCACAGCAGUCCCUGUUCUCCUUUCAGAUUGACUUCCCACAUUUGUUUGAUGCAACUGUAACAACCAUUCUGGACUCUUGGCGUGUGACUUGUUCUGUGCUGACCUAGCCUUUUAUUUAUUUUGUGUAAACAUUGUUAUUCACAUCCCCUACAAGCCUGGGGCCCGAAUAGGCUUCACUGACCAGCAUAUAACGACAACAUCGUCGCUUCUGCUGGAUGUCCUCAGUGUGUGUCAAUUUGAAACCAACUGUUAUUACUAUAGAUCAAAAGUUGGUUUUGUGGAGAUGAUGACAAGACAAUCAUGUUUGUUAACUUCCAUGUUUCAGUACAAAUCACAAAAACAGGUUACAUGAUUUAGUGAAGUAACAUAAUUUUUAGAAAAUUUGCCAUCUGUUUAUUGAUCUGACACUAUUCUAAAUUUUACCCUUAUUUGUAAUGAAUAGAAAAUGAAAAAUUUAAUUGAAAAAGAAAUUUGUAUGGCUCUCUAGUUCUAUGGCAGAAUUACUUGCCAAAAAUAUACAUUUGAUUACUGUUAGUGUAUAUAAAUAGUAUCUUGCUAAACAAUAAGGAGAAGUGCUGGCUAUGCAGUCCGUUUGGCAUACAAUGAAUUAAGGUUGUUAAAAUAGAUUGUUAUAUUUUAAUUUUUGUAAAAAUCUUAAAAAUAUGGAUUUUAAUUUAAAUCCUUCCAACACGAACUAUAAUCAAAUUUUUUUACGGUAAAAAUACAAUUUUAACUGACCAUCUUAAUACCAUUAAUCCAUUGUUUUUUUUAUACAUUUAGUCAUUGAAAUACAACAUUUGAAUAGUCUGAUUUCCUCCUAUUUACUUAAAAUAGUUUUACUUACUAAAAACUUGAUUUGAAUGUAGGCAUUUAGAAGGUUUAUAAUGAACAUUAACUUAAACCUUAUUUGGAUUAAAAUACUUUGCUACAUUAAAAAAAAACCCGUGACGAGCACUAGGCAGCACAUUUUUCUGAACAUUCAUAGUUACAGUCCUAUAAAUGAAACUCUCACAUAGAUUACUGGUUCAAGUAAUUGUGUAAUGUUUGUCUUUGCCAAUCUAUACAGUAUUUAUAUCAUGGCCUAUCUACUUAUUGUUUUGUUGUCCAUGUGGACUUUUAUGUAAUCAUUCCCUGAAGAAAUGUAUUUCCUAUGUAGAAUAAUUGUUAAAUAAUAUUUGUUUAUAUAAUAUUAUUACAAAGUAGCUGUACUACUGCACAACUAAUCGAAAUCUUGUUUAACUGCCCUUUAUUCCAUCAUAGUAAGGAUUAUCCUGAAAACUGUGAUAAACAUGUAUUAUUCAUUAUUUAUUGUGUAUAAAUAACCUUGUUAUACUGAAAUAAAUCUUCUGUACAAAUGUAAACAAUUACGAAAUACACAGUAUUACUUGCCAA